AUGAAUGGAGCAGUUGAAGCAGCAAACAAGAACAUCAAGAAGAUUUUGAGGAAAAUAGUGGAUGGUCACAGACAAUGGCAUGAGAAGUUACCAUAUGCUCUGCUCGUUAUACCUGCUGAAGUGGAAAUACCAUCUUUAAGGAUUAUUCAAGAGGUCGGUUUAGAUGAUGCAGAAUGGAUUCGCAGCAGGAUUGAACAGUUGAUGCUCAUUGAUGAGAAAAGAAUGGAUGCAGUUUGUCAUGGUCAACUUUACCAAAACAGAAUGGCCAAAGCAUUUAACAAGAAGGUCAAGCCUCGACAGUUCACACCAGGACAAUUAGUAAUGAAGAAGAUAUUUCCUCACCAAGGAGAAGCUAAAGGAAAAUUUGCACCAAACUGGCAAGGUCCUUACAUGGUUCAUAGAGUAUUAUCUGGAGGAGCAGUAAUCUUGGCAGAAAUGGACGGUACAGUGAGCACGAAGACAAUCAACUCAGACUCCAUCAAGAAGUACUACAUCUGA